AUGGAGAAGUACGAGAAGCUGGAGAAGGUCGGGGAGGGCACCUACGGGAAGGUGUACAAGGCGCAGGACAAGGCGACGGGCCAGCUGGUGGCGCUCAAGAAGACCCGCCUGGAGAUGGACGAGGAAGGGAUCCCGCCCACCGCGCUCCGCGAGAUCUCCCUCCUCCGCCUCCUCUCCAGCUCCAUGUACGUCGUCCGCCUCCUCGCCGUCGAGCAGGCCACCAAGGGCGGCCAAGCCGGGGGCAAGGCCGUACUCUACCUCGUCUUCGAGUUCCUCGACACCGACCUCAAGAAGUUCGUCGACGCCUACCGCCGCGGGCCCGCCCCCAAGCCGCUCCCCACGGAGGUCGUCAAGAGUUUCCUGUACCAGUUGUGCAAAGGAAUUGCACACUGCCAUGGCCAUGGUGUCCUUCAUCGGGAUUUAAAGCCACAGAAUAUAUUGGUUGACAAGGAGAAGAUGAUUCUGAAAAUUGCAGAUCUUGGGUUAAGUAGAGCUUUUACUGUUCCUAUGAAAAGCUACACCCAUGAGAUUGUGACACUUUGGUAUAGAGCUCCCGAAGUAUUGCUUGGAGCUACACAUUACUCAACGGGUGUUGAUAUUUGGUCAAUUGGCUGCAUCUUUGCUGAGAUGGUCAGAAGACAGGCUCUUUUCCCUGGUGACUCUGAGUUACAACAGCUGCUUCACAUUUUCAGGUUGCUGGGAACUCCUACUGAGGAGAAUUGGCCUGGAGUGACUCAUCUGAGGGACUGGCAUGAGUAUCCAGGGUGGAAAUCACAGAAUUUGACUCGUGUAGUCCCGACACUGGAACCGGAAGGGGUCGACCUGCUAACGAAAAUGCUCCAGUUCGAUCCGGCAAGCAGGAUAUCAGCCAAAGCUGCGAUGGAGCAUCCCUACUUCGACAGCCUCGACAAGUCCCAGUUCUAG